AUGGUCAAAUUUUACGACUCUCUGUCUCCGGAGCUUAGCGAGUGGUGUAUGGCCCAGCCCCUCUUCUACAUUGCCUCCGCACAUCGCUAUGGUGAUCACGUUAAUAUAUCGCCGAAAGGACUUCCUUCGACCACUUUCUCGAUUCUAGACCUAAACAAAGUAGCUUAUAUCGAUGCGGCUGACUCUGGCGCUAAGACUAUUGCUCAUCUAUACGAAAACGGUCGGUGUACGAUUAUGUUUUGUUCGUUCGAUAAGGUGCCGAGGAUCUUAAGGUUGUUUUGUAAGGGCAGAGUGGUGGAGAGGAUGGGGAAAGAGGUGCCGGUGGGUGCGAGGGCGGUGAUUGUGUUGGACAUCUUUAAGGUAUGCGUCGUGCCGCUGCUUUCGGAAACACAACAAAGGGGACUCCUGGACCGCGAGACUCUGGGUCAUUGGGCUGGCAAAACCGUCUCGGACAACAAGAUGGUGGACUAUCGCGCCAAGAACAAUGCGUAUAGUCUGGACGGUCUUCCUGGUUUGAAGGCAGGUAGACGAACAAGAGGUGAAUGGCUCUGGGCAGGUGACGCUAGAGAAUACUUUACAAGGCUUUGGCAUCAGAUGGAUGCUAUGGUGAUUGGAUUCGUGCUUGCUUUUGUCGUAAUUGAUCUUUUGCAUUUGGCUGGUAUAAGGAUCAAUGGAGUGCUUGCGGAUUGGAGAUGA